AUGGAAAAGAAACUGACGGAUAAGGCAUUUUCAUUGUUACUGUAUUGGUUGCUAUUUGCAUCCUUCACAUUCAGUGAUUUUUACGCCGAACGGAUAAUGGGAUUUGUUCCUUUCUAUUGGGUCAUUAAGUGCAUCUACUGCAUUUAUUUAUAUCUGCCACAAACUGAAGGUAUAAAUAUUGUGGAGGAAAAAAUCAUUUUACCAGCAUUACAAAAAUUUGCGAAAAAACUAAAAAGAGAAGUUCCGUAA